AUGGAUGAAGAUGAUAUUAUAAAUCUUCGAGCUGCGCCUUGCCCCAGGCCAGAAGAGAAACUUAGCUAUGCUGUCCACCCAGCCAAAAGAGAUGUGAAACGAAGACAGUUUGAAGAACAUGUAAAAGAACAUCAUCUCAGAAGUCAGCCUCAAAUCUCUCAGAAAUGUGGACACACUAAGCAUAAAAUAUCUGACCAUAGGGUGGAAAGGAAGGCAUCAAAGAGUCAAGAAGUCCGUCGUUACAGCCACCAGCCGUCCAAAGUAGAAAUCAGCUCAGGUGCCAAGGUAUACCUGUACACAUCUCAUCCAGGACAGUCAGAUCUGACCACGCCAAAUUCACCACCCAGUGAUCUAGGACUUCAGCCGCAUGCCGCGAUAAGUAACCACAAAAUUCUGAGUGAACACAAAAGCCUGCUGGAAGUUCAGCAACUCCGGAAAGAACUGAGCAGUUGUAUCCAUAAAAUUGAAGAAGUUACUAAAAAAGAUCGAGUGGAAGAAACUUUAGAUCCAGAUGAAGAACGGCGAAUCCAUGUCAGGAGGCAGGAGCAAGCGGUUCAUUCUGCCCAAACGCUCUAUGUCUUCCAGCGGCAGGUUAAAGAAAUCCAGGAAGAAUUGGAUAAAUUGAGUCCACAUAAAAUUAAACACAUUAGGAAGUCAUGGGCAAUGUCCAGGCUGGUAGCUGCGCAUCAAGGAGCCAUUCAGGCCUUACAGAUGUUUGUUACUCAGUUUACUGACCGAGGGGAGCACCCAGUUCCUGCCCAGUGUGGGGAACUGGGCAGUCUUAUUCGCCAGCUUUCCCUCUGUUCUGCCAAGCUGGAUGCCGAUUCUUCUGUCCCUGAUGUGGUUAUAGAUAUCCUACGACAAAUUGAGGCUUUGGAAUCCCUCCUGGAAAAGAAACUGUCACCAAAAAAGGUGAAGAAAUGUUUCACUGACAUUCGGAGCAGAUUUCCUGUUGGUAGCCAAAGGGCCUUGGAGAGAUGGCAAAGUACAUCACCAAAGAGUGAGAGGAGACCCUUAGUUGCAAAGGAGAUAAUUCCACAGGAAACAAAACAACCUUCAAUGGCAAAGAAGCUUCUUGCUGAUAAGUAUCAACCUGAUAGAGAGCUUCCAGUGACCCAGAGGUUGGAGAAUGAGCUUGAUGUGUUAGUUGCGGAUAUACUUCCGGAAGAAGCUCCAUCUAUUCUAGACCAAAAUGCAAGCUUCAAAGAAGAGGCAUUAGCCCCGGCAAAAACAACAGCAGUCAAAAAGAAGCCUGUGACUGAGGAUGUGCCUUCUAGGGAGAAGGAUACUCUGGUGCCGACAAGACUACAGCAAGGGCUCCACAAAACUGAAAAAAAUAGACCAACCCAAUCUCACAGCAAAAGCAGGUUGCAACGGACAACAGUCUCAUCGAGAUUAAAAAUGAACCAACAGCCUGUAUACCACAGGGCUCCUUGGAUACCUCCGAACCCCACCUCCCCACCGGCAUCUCCCAAAUGUGCUGCAUGGCUAAAGGUGAAAUCGAGCCCCAAACGUGCUGCAAAAGAAUAGUCUCUCCAGCAAGAAGAUACUCCAGAGGAAAGUCAAUUGAGAGGUGCUGUUGAGCAUGAAGCAGCUAGACUCGCUUGGCUUGAUGCUGCAACUUCCAACAGAUUGAAGAAACUAGAAGAAUUAAAAGCCAAAGAAAUGGACAAAAUGCAAAAACAGAGGCUCUAUUGGCUGGAUGCUGAAACUUCCAGAAGAACAAAGGAGUUGAAUGAACUCAAAACUGAAGAAAUGGAUAGACUUCAAAAAUUGAGUGUUUCUGCCACCCAGUUAGCAGACAAGGUAGAGAAGGCAGUUCUGGAGCAUUUGAAGCCUCUCCUGGUCAAGGCCCAGAAAGUCAAUUCUUCUCUGGAAGCAGAUAGUCCUUUGAAGGAUCGGCCAUUGGUAAACACAGCGAUAGCCCAGCCUGCAGAGGAGGCUACAGCUGUUGAUUCUGAAUCCAACAACAUUCGUCAGCUGGAUGAUUUUUUGGAAGAUACCGCUCAUGAGCUCUGGACUAUGACUCACUCUAAGAUCUUGGAGUCUGAAGCCUUAGGCACCUUGGGGGACAGCAAGGACAGCCCAUAUCUGGAGACCAUGAUGCUCCGAAUGGAGGAAACGGAAAAAUACCAGGAGACAGUUUGCCAAAGAUAUAAUAAAAUUGUAUAUGCUGAUCCUCAUCUUUGGCUGAAGGAAGAAAAAAAUGACCAAAAAAUCCCAGCAGUAAGUGAAAGGCCUCUUUCUCCUCAUCCAAUCAGGAUCACAAAGACAGCGGCUCACAAAGCCCCAGACGUGAACAUCGUGUUGGAAAGGCCCUGGAAUGCCAACUCCCUGGAUGAAAGCGUGGGAACAGAGGAGAAAUCGGAGAAAAAAGAGGCUCCCCUUCUCUCCCUUUCAGAAGAUUCUCAACAGAAAGAGGGUCGAGCUGCCCUCUUUGUCCCCCCCAGGAUGCGGCACAGCACUGGGGACUACUGCAGCCGCUUUGAGCCGUUCCUCCGGAUGAUGUCUCAUGAGGCCGUGGGCUCCUUCAACCCAUGGCUGCUUGCUGGAAGCUUUUCAGAAGAGCUGGUAGAUGAAGCUCUGGGGGACGUGGCUGCUGAACUUCAGGAUGUGUGUGAAGAUUGUGCAGAAGCCGUGUUCACCUCAGAAUUCUUAGAGGCUGCUACACAAAGGCUCUCCACGGCGAGGGCCCUCCUGCCACACUGGAGAAGGGGCGGCACUACCUUUGUUUCAGCCCGCAGGACAUCUUGGUCCUCUGCUGUCCAUCCAGGCCCAGAAGGUGCUGCCUCUUCCUUUCUUCACUGCAAGGAAGGAAAUGCCAGUAACGUCAUCCUCACUUUGCAUUUUCUCAUUGUCAUAGCAUCUACAUGCAGAUUCAUGUAG